GAGAGAUUCGCCCUCCCAAGGUUGCCUCGGAAAUCGUCUUCCAGAAGAGCCGUCGGACCUGUCUUCGACCUGAAACGCGUGUCCAAAAUCUGACGAGUACCUACUUUAGAUGGGCAGUGUUCGAACCUCAGCAUAAGCACCACGGGGAAUCCGCCGAGUGCCCGCCAGCAAUCCAAGGCUCGCUGAUCGCCGUCGCGUACCAGACUCAAGGGCUCUAGCACUCCGAGUAUGGAGAAUGCGCACGACAUACCCUUCCCCGACGGCCUUCGUGCAGCUCGCGUCAUGAUACCGCACCAACAGUUUGUUUUCGAGUACGGUCGAUGUCAAGAAGGACCGAGCCACAAAGGACAUGAAACGGAGCGCUGAAACGCGCCCUCUAAGCCACACGCUAAACGGAGCCUGUUGACUCCAGGAUGAUCCAUAGUUCCAGUGCGGCUCGGAAAUACACAUCGAACAACCCCGCCAGAGCAGUUGAAGAUGCGCAUCGGCAUUUAUGACCACCGCCACGCCUGUGAACCCGUUUGGACCAUACUCGACUGCAAGGCCAGAAGUCAGAAUGGGUUCAAUCUUACGAAUUUCCAUAAAAAAUUUGGGAUGCUGCUGCCCGGUUGCGGGGAUCUUUUGGGAACCUAAACCACCCAAGGAACCAGGUGUGAAACACAUGCAUGCUGCAGGACUCCUUGUUCCCACUCCGCCGCUGUCACACGGAUAUGCCAAUAAUGCGUCUGAAAUUAUGUCAAAGAUAUCAUUGGCGUGAGAGUUCAAGGCCACCUUGUCGCGUCCGCGCAGAUGCAUACAGCAUGCAGGUCCAGCCUCAGGGACGAAAUUGGUGCCAUAGCAACAAGUGGGCGCCUUGGUUCACGCUGCAUGACCCGGAGAUUGUUACUGGGUACUGAUGUGGGAAGAAAUCAAAAAUCACAUAAUGUUUUAACGAGCGGUGCUCUGAAUACGAAGGGAGCAUGUGCACACGGGAAGCAAACGUGGCUUCAACGACCGUAUGACAGGUCAGGCGUGGGGGAUUUCCAAUGCAUCCAUCUCUCACAGGCACAUCACUCACACUUCACGGCGAUAGCUGACAGCUCGCCAGAUCUUUGGGUCGAUGUUAUCUUUGUUGCCAUCCGACUGGCCAGUAAGGCUCGGCUCGAUAACGCCUCCAGAUCGAUGGAUGUCAGGUACACGAACCGACAUAUUAAACGUCGGGAUGGAAAGGCAUGGAGACGUCAAACAAAUGCCCUUGGCUUGUUCACUCAACAUUGUUGGACAACUGCCUUUGGAUAUGGAUUCAUUAUUGGGACGAUUUCCAAGCCAGAGUAAUGCUGACUACGACGGUGCUACACAAUGUUAUUCUUUCGGAAACCCUGUCCACUGCCUACCUAGAAGACUCGUUUCGCGACAGGACAGGAGCCCAUGUGUUUGGGCCGUCACCUCCCGUCUCCUCAAUCAAGGCACCAUCACAAUUGGUUGUGUUCAAG